UGACGAGUUGCAAAAGGCGAUCAACUUGGCGGCGAGAGUCUUGAGGAUGACGGUACUGUUCUGCCUUGUAAUAUUCCUUUGAUAGGCUUGAAAAUGGCAUAUCCAUGGUGCACUGAAAGACGACGUCGCUUUCAGCAAAUAUUUGUUAUUCCCUAUCCAGAACCAUCCCGUUCUCAGUCAUGGCGACAACGACCUGACCUUCGGAAUCAUCUAAGGCGGGAUCGGAGGCAGAAUGAAGCGGAAAGAUUCCGCUAUACUGCCUUUCUCAAAGAGCAGUUGAAAAUGACGAAGGGAAUUGUGGACAGUUCAAAGUUAUCUACGUCAAUCAAGUUGUACGUUGCCCCAAUUCUACCUCAAAAUCCUGAAUUGAAUGAUAUUGAUUUCUUUGAAGGCGCUCUGCCCCGUCAACUACUUCUCGAAACUUUGGGUUCGAUCCAGGGGAUCUUAUUCCCGCUCAACGACUCAAAGCCAAGAAGACUCCUAGAGUCUUCAGUCAACACUGGUUCAUCCAACCCCCGUGUUCCUUACCGAUCGGUUGUCGUAGCUGCACGAGGAAUUAUGGAAUCCACGCCCACGAGGGUGGCUGGAAAGGCAGAUGGAACGAAAAAGUGGAGCGAGGUAUAUGAUGAUAGCGACUCUGAUCGGUGUCAUCUUCGCAGUCAUACUGGGUAUAUGUUCUCUGUUCUCUAGCAGUGAGUUCAUAUCAGGCAUGGAUUGCGUACCAGGCUUGGCAACAUCCAGUUUCACCCCCGAAUACUUGAAGGCAUCUGGGAAUAGACUUGGCAUACUGUAAUGAGUAGAAAGAUCGGAAAUGCCCAAGACUUGAAAAUGCGUAGAAAUGCGUAGAAAUGCUGGAAGGGAUGUCAAGAAAGUCUUGAAGACCUUGAAGAAUGUGACGAUGAAUAUCUACCACGAAGCUACUAUGAUUAAAGUGGUCAACAGAUUGAUGCCAAACCCGUUAUUUAUAUUCCCACGUCACUUAUCUCAAUAAGAUCAAGC